AUGUCCCGAUCAACAGAUCCAGGGCACUUCUUCCAGACUGAUGCUUCCGAGUCAACGAGAGCUCGUAGAGCAGCCAAGUCCGGCAAUAAAAAUGGUGACCCGAUUACCCUACAAUCGAAGAUCCUGAAUGUUAUUGCGGACCCGUUCUCUCAAUCAUGUAUCUACAUUGCAGAGAGUGCGGGCUGUGUGCGAAGACUCAAUUUAGAAACUAAAGAUUCGAAGACAGUAUACAGAGGUCCAACUGCCCCAGUUACAUCUGUAGCCAUCGGUGGCCAUGGAGGAGACACCGUCUUUGCCGGAUGCUGGGAUAAGGAUAUAUGGAGCUGGAAUAGAGAGUCUAGAGCUGUCGGACAAAGAUACAAAGGGCAUUCGGAUUUUGUCAAAGUCAUCAUAUGUGCAAGACUUGAGGGAAAGAAUUGCCUCAUAUCUGGCGGAGCAGAUGCUAAGAUCAUGGUAUGGGAUACCGCAACGGGAGAACGCUUGCAUACCCUGCGCGACAAGACUGAUACCAUGAUGGCUCUGCAAGAUCUCGCCCUCGACCCCGAAGAAUCAACCGCCUCGGAGUUGGUUCUUGUAUCAUCGAGCAGUGAUCCCCAAAUCCGGCGCUGGCGUAUAAGUCUAUCGUCCUGGUCCCAAAUUUACGACACAACUCAAGCUGCGACCUCACAAAACAAGCCAGCCAGAGACACCAUCCUCGAGCACGAGACCAGUGUAUACACAAUCCUUUUCUCGGGCGAGGACGAGGACUCAGAUCUAUGGACCGCGAGUGCAGAUGGGACUGCCAAGUGCCUGUCAAGAGCGAAGGGCUGGAGUACGGAAGAUUCGUAUACGCAUGGUGACUAUGUUCGGGCCGUGGCCGUUACGUCAGACUGGGUGAUCACAGCUGGACGCGACGAGGAUGUCAAAGUCUGGGAUCGCGCGACUGGAAAGCUAUGGCAUGUUUACGAAGGCCAUUAUGAAGAGGUGACCGGGCUGGUACUUGUGAACGGGGAUAUGAAAGUUGUGAGCGUUAGUAUCGACGGCACUGUGAGAACUUGGGGUCUGGGCAAGGCGGAUCUGGAGAAGGCGAGACUAGAAAGGGAAGCCAAGCAAAAGGGUGAAGCGAAGGAGGAGAAGAUUAAGCCAAAGAAAAGUUUAAUGACGGAACAGGAAGAGGCCGAGCUUGCUGACUUGAUGGAUUCAGACUGA